AUGAAUAAUGAUUUCACCUGUGUCCCAAAAGAAAAUUUAUCUUUAUCUUCUUCUUCAAGCAAUGCCAUUACUAUGAUGGAUUCUCAAGAGAUAGUAGAAGAUGAAACCUUAUUUAGAGAUUUAGAGUUAGAAAAUAAUAAUACUAUUAUGAAUUCUCAACAGAAGAAUGAAGAUGAUAAUCAAAAGGCCGAUAGUUUUCACAUUGCAGUAGAAAAUAGUUAUGAAAUCAUAAACAAUGAAGGAAUCAAUAUUCGUGGGUUUGACACAGAUUCAGAUAUAGAGCCCUUGACUAGCCAAGAUGCUAUUAUAUGUGACUUAUCACAGAUUUCAGAUAUAUCUACAUCUAGUAAGUUAAAUAUUUCCAAUGUAUUCAAGAUGACUCCGACAAAAUCUCGCCGAAAGUGUAUAUACUGCAAUACACAUUAUAGUUUAAAUACAGCCUCAACAAAUUUAAAAAGGCACAUUUCUAAAUCACAUUCGCAAUUAAAAAUGGAAAACAAAAACAAAAAAAGACAUUCAUUAGUGGGGAUAAGAAAUUUAGUAUCUCACGAAAAUACACAAUUGAAUAAAUUAAUUAUGAGAUAUAUUAUAAAAUGUAACAUCUCAUUUAAUAAAAUAGAAUCUCCAUAUUUCAGAGAUAUUUUCUCUUUUAUAUUUAAAAAUGAGAGAAUAUGGUGCAGGCAGACGGCUGCCUGCUAUGUUAAAGAUUUAUAUAAAAAAUCUAAAAAUAAAAUUAUUAAAGACCUUAAACAGGUCAAUAGUAAAAUCUGCCUUACAACGGACAUAUGGACCGGAAUAAACUCAAUAUCUUAUUGUUCUAUAACAAUACAUUAUAUUGACAAAAAUUGGAAAUUUGUCAAUUUCCUACUUGAUCUAAUAGAUUUACCUCAUCCACAUACGGGUGAGGAAAUAUCAAUCUUUUAUCCUCUCUCCAAUCUUUUGGCUUACAAGAAAAAGUAAUGUCCAUUACUAUCGAUAAUGCAAAAAAUUUCCUCUCCUCUGUGUCUAUUAUGACAAAAUUUUAUAUAGAUAAAUACGGUUAUUCUCUAUAUAGCAUUAGAUGCCUGGCUCAUAUAUUAAAUAUAAUAGUGAGCUCAGGAAUGAAUAUCAUGAAUGAAAAAUUGGAAAAAAUAAAUAAAUUCGUUAAAAAGUUGCAUAAUUCCCCCAAAUUUAUGAAGGAAUAUAUGGAAUUAUCAGGUGGGACUCGUAUACCACUUGAUGUCGUCACAAGAUGGAAUUCCAAAUUCUUAAUGAUUUCCAUAAUUAACAAAAAUAUUGAUGUGGUAAAUGAUUUAGGCAAGAAAGGCAGCCUUCCUGAUAAUCAAAUUAUUAUAAAUAAUGAAGAGGCUAAAUUUUUAAAAGAUAUUGAAAUAUUUUUGAAACCAUUCUUCAAUAUUACCCAAGAAAUAUCCUCAGAUACAAAUUCUACAAUUGGUUCGGCAGUUUUAUUUAUAGAUGAAAUUGUCAAAACACUAGAAGAUGUUAGUGAAAAUCAUGAAAACGAAACAAUAAAAUGCUAGUGUUAUGUUAAAAAAAUCAAAGAUAUAUAUUAAACACAUAAAUACUCUUUCAAAUUAUAUAUCGUGUUUGUUAGACCCAAAGACAAAGAAAAAAUUUUUGCCUAAAUUUAUAAAUAAUCCUGAUUAUUUUAAAAAUUUCGAAACGUUAUAUAUUAAAUAUAAAAGUACAAUGGAUCGUCAGCGUACGAUUACAAUGAGCCCGAUAUGGAAGCCAUACCUUAUUCUGUGCGUAUACAUAAUAAACUAAGAAGGGCUAAUUAUGAAAUUCCACAACAUGCCACAGAUGAAAUAGAUACAUAUUUAAAAGAGGAAGUAGCUAGUCAUACAACCACUCGAUUGGUGGCAAAAAAACAGCUCAAUAUAUCCGUCUUUAAUGGCCAGAGACUUUUUGGCUCAGCAAACUACGAGUGUUGCCAGCGAAAGAAUCUUUAGCAAAGCGGUGGAAUGCAUGACUAAAAAACGUAACCGCCUUUCAUCCAUCACUUUGAAGCAAUGUUUAUCUAUUGAUUGCUGGGACAUAGAACUUUUAUAAUGAUAUUAUAUUAACAUUUUUUAAUAUAUAUUUCCGCGUAUUUUAAUGAAAAUAUUUUUAUAUUAUGUGUACGUUUAUUUAUUAAUAAAUUGAAUUAAAUUAAA